AUGACUACACUCUAUAAUCAGACGAUCCCGGUGAUGGUCAAGUACCUCAAGGGCCUCUCUGCCAUGCUCCAGAAGGGUGCUAAAUUCUGUGAAGAAAAGGAUAUCAGGCAUGAAGACCUACUUACAUACCGUCUGAUAUCCGACAUGAGAGGACUACCUUACCAAGUCCAAUCCUGCUCCAACACGGCCAAAUUCGUAGCUGCACGCUUUGGCGCUCCCAACAUCCCGAAAUUUGAGGAUGACGAACAGACAUUCGAGCAGCUCCAGUCUCGCAUCACCAAAACAAUCGAGGUCUUGGAGGGCGUAGACCCGGAUGUCAUCAAUGGGAAGGAGAAUGAGGAGAUCAUCAUGGAAUCCGCGAUGGGCAACUUUCGCUUCACGGGACAACGAUACGUGACCGAGUACGCUAUCCCCAACUUCCAUUUCCACCUCACCAGCGCGUAUUGCAUCAUGCGCACGCAGGGUGUUCCGCUGGGUGCUUUUGAUUACCUGAAGGAUGUUUUCGAGAAGGUCUAA